AUGAGGCUUCACCGCAUUCUUCGAAGUCUUCCCUUUGAGCCGAUGGCUUUAUCCACUUUUGAAACCAUAGAACGCGCAGCGGCAUCUUCGAGCGCCAUGGCGCCACCACAGGGAUGUGCCUCACAUGGCCCACCCUACUUUAUCUCGCCGAAGCACGAUGGGGUGCGCAUUGUAUCGUAUGUGAGUGAGCGUGCCGAAUCAUUGAGGUCAACAUGUUUCUCUAGGUUUGGGCGGCCUGUUCAUGGCAUGUUCUGGAUUGAAGAAGAACUGCGGUUGCUUCGAUGGUUGUGUGGCGACCCACGGCUUGCGUUGGAUGGUGAGUUGUACAUUCACAAGCAGUCUAAUGGAAGAUCAAAGGGCGAAAGUGGUGCCAAAACAGGCUUCUUGGCAGUUGCAGCGUUGGUGCAUCGCCUGCGUGGGCCCAAAUCCGCUUGUUCAACAGAAGAGGAGGUACUCAACUACGUUGACUCACUCCCCCGUUUCUGUAUCUUUGAUAUCGUCUCCUAUCAACCGUCAGAGAGUCUGAGUGUGGCAGGUGAAAACAGCGGUCGAGGUCUCUCGCAGAUUGAGAAGGAGCGGGUGCUUCUGCUCCGUGAAGUGAUGAAAGCGAAUGAGGUUUGUAAUUUGGAGAUGCUUCGGGUUAUUCCCAAUUACUCGGUCUUUUCGCAGCGCCUUAAGGCGAUGAACUUCUUAAUGUGCCUUCUGCAGCGGGUGCGUGCUUCCCCUAUUCUGUUUCCGGGAAAAUUUGCCCAGCAGUCGCAUGAAAGAGGUGAACAAAAGCGGUCGGAGUCCCUUGUGGGUGCAACUGGCGUCGGCGGCGAGUAUGUGCAGCUCAUCCAGUACUCGAUGCUCCGUUCUCUUCAAGAUGCCAAGCGUGUGUACCUCAAGAACUACGUAUCUAACGGGUACGAGGGUGCCGUCGUUCGAAGUGCGGCUAACGUAUACGAGGUUCGGGAAAAGGAAAAGGGCAUAUUGCUCGGGCUCCUCGAUCCUCUUCUUGACAGCGAUAAGCGGCUCGACAUCACCGCCACAGCGUCUCGUGGUUUGAAACGCGGCUUACAGCGCACGGCGGCCCCGUCGCCGCCUCCGCUUCUGCUGCUGCACACAUACGCCAAUGACGAGCCUGUCAUCCCUGCAAUUGGUGGCGGUGUGGCGGACGCGGCCGAGAUACGGCAGUGCGAAGCGGAGGAAUCAAACCACCAAGAGGUAGUGAGAGUUGCGGUGAGGCGGACUAAGCAGAACCCCCGACGCAGCACCACGGUGGUGAAGCUUCUCCCCUUCUGUGACAAGGAAUACGCUAUCUUGAAACCGCUGCUGAAGGUGCCGUCGACAAAUCCGCGUGCUCGGAAACUUAUUAGCAUUCCCCUCUCUUCGUUUAAGGGGGGCCACAGUGUUGUGUCGACGCCGCGAACACGUCACGGAAGGGACGCAUCGAAGGAGAAUGACAAGAGUAAGGUGGUUGUGUUCUACGGGCUACAGUGUCUCAGUGAGACGGGCCGUGUGUUUAAUGUCCCGUUGCCUAAAAUGGACGUGGCAAAGCAACGUCUUCUGCUGGACCAUCUCCUCGAUGUCACAGGAGCCUCAAAUAAAAAAGGAAAAUCGGGCCCCAGACGGGUCUGUCGACGCUCACUAACAGGAUUGUAUGCAACAGUGAAGUACGCGACGCUUACAGAGUAUGGUAUACCCCGUUUUGGCCAAGUGAAAGCCAUACGUGGUGGUAAAGGUUGGUUUAUGUGA